CACAAAGACGGAACUUUAAAGAAAUCGCUGUUUGUUUCUAGCCGGACAGUUUUCAGUGUGUCGUGAUGGCGGCUCUGAGGACGGCAUUAUGUGGACGUUUCCUGCAGUCUCUCCCCAGGUGUUUGGGGUCUCUGCGCUUUGCCAGCUCCUCUUUCAAGGCUGCAGAUUUAACCAUCGAGAAGAGGAAGACCCCGAACCCCAAGCCCGACCUGUCCAACCUGGGCUUUGGAAAGUUUUUCUCUGAUCACAUGUUGACUGUGAACUGGACAGAGAAAGGAGGAUGGGAAACUCCUCAAAUUAAACCUUUCCAAAACCUGUCGCUCCACCCGGCGUCCUCCGUUCUGCAUUACUCCAUUGAGCUGUUUGAGGGUAUGAAGGCGUUCCGGGGAGUGGACAAUCAGAUCCGUCUGUUUCGGCCCAUGCUGAAUAUGGAGCGUAUGUACCGCAGUGCAGACCGCUGCACCCUGCCGUUAUUUGAUAAGCACGAGCUGUUGGACUGUAUAAAGAAGCUGAUUGAUUUGGACCAGGAGUGGGUUCCUUACUCCACCGACGCCAGUCUUUACAUCAGACCCACCUUCAUCGGCACCGAGCCUACAUUGGGCGUGUCCCGAGCGGGCCACGCCCUCCUGUUUGUCAUCGUGGGGCCGGUGGGGCCGUACUUCUCCACAGGAGCCUUCAAUCCCGUGUCCCUGCUGGCGGAUCCUCGCUUCGUGCGAGCCUGCAGAGGCGGAGUAGGAGCCUACAAGAUGGGCAGUAACUAUGGGCCUACUAUAGCCAUCCAGAGUGAGGCAGUGAAACAGGGCUGUCAGCAGGUUCUGUGGCUGUACGGUGAGAAAGAGGAGAUCACUGAGGUCGGUACCAUGAACCUCUUCAUCUACUGGACCAAUGAGAAAGGAGAACGAGAGCUGGUCACUCCUCCACUAGAUGGUAUCAUUCUCCCCGGAGUCACCAGACAGUCUCUGCUGGACCUGGCCAGGGAGUGGGGUGAGUUUAAGGUGACCGAGCGGACUCUGGUGAUGAAGGAGCUGCUGGAGGCUCUGAGAGGAGGACGUGUGUUGGAGGUGUUUGGAGCAGGGACAGCGUGUGUGGUGUGUCCUGUCGGCAGUCUGCUCUAUAAAGGACAGCAAUACGAAAUCCCAACCAUGAAGAAUGGUCCUGAGCUCGCCACCAGGUUCUACAAAGAACUCACUGACAUCCAGUACGGACGCAUAAGGAGAGACUGGGCUCCGGUUAUCGUCCCCUGAUUUGACGCCGAUGUCCUCCAGUCACCUCCCGGCACUCGGAGUCGUCCACACGGUUCACUUCCCAUGUUACACGCUGUAGCUUCGUUUCGUCUUGCGUUAGGUGUAGGGACUAAAAAACAGUAUAAACUAUAAAGAAGUAAAAACCAUGACACCUUUAACAGAAUAGGAACGUGUUUUUAUUUUAAUAAUAAAUGUAUCGCCCAGUGAUAGUGUAGUGUGUGGUCUGUAGCAGCAGAGCAGCCGUGAGGUAAAACGUCUAAAGCACAAUUUAUGCAAAUAACGCUUAUAAAUAUAUCGUAAGGUGCAAUAAGGGUUAUAUCGUCUCUGUGGAACAGUUACUGAGUGUGUGUUUGUUUUUAAAAGGAGAGCCUUCGAUCCUUUAUGUAUUAAAUUACCGUAUUAAAAUAGGCGUAACAAGAUUAAGCAAAGGUUUAAAAUGUUUCAACACAGGUUUCGAUUUAUAUAUAUAUAUUUUUCGUACUGUUAUUUGUUCCCAUCUCUUCCUCCUCUUAAUGUAGUCAGGUUUUGGGGUGUCUGUGUAAACGGAGGGUAUCAGUAAUUAUAUCUGGAGUGUACUUUAGAAAUAUUUUAACCAGCAGAACAAAUAUUGAUGUUACAUAAGUGUAUAUCGGUGAAAUGAUGACCUAAAGGCGGAGUCAAAGGUUUUUAAUAUGAAAUGUGUGUGUGUGUGUGUGUGUGUGUGUGUGUGUGUGUGUGUGUGUGUGUGUGUGUGUGUGUGUGAGCUGGUGGGACACCAGACGAUAACUCCUGAUUCUAUUGUUAUAAACAUCAUGUAUUCAGAGAUUCUGUAGAUAACUGCUGCGGAUAUUUAGAUCAUUUUGGUGAAUUGUUGUGAAAAACUGUUCAGCUUUAAAGUUUAUUUUUGGAUGUUGAAUAACCGAAAAACACUCCAUGAAAACUCUGCACUAAGACAUCGUGAUAUUAGCUAUAAACAAUCUUAGUCAUCGCACUAGAUUACUGUACGUUACAACUUGAUUUUUUUUUCUUUUCCUUUUAUCCUGUCAAGAAACAAACUCCUGACUUUUAUCUUUUGGUUUUUUAUUUGUCUUUAUUUUCUUCCGAAGCCGUCUCAUCGUCUUUCUUUUUCCCAAGUGCCUGAUGACACUAGACCUGUUUUCUUCACUUUGCACGUGGUUCUGCAUUUGGACUGUCAGGACUCAGCUCGGACUUUGGCCACGGGCUUUUGUCUUGUCCUCCCCGCCCUUGUCUCGUCCUCCCCGCCCUUGUCUUGUCCUCCCCGCCCUUGUCUUGUCCUCCCCGCCCUUGUCUCGUCCUCCCCGCCCUUGUCUUGUCCUCCCCGCCCUUGUCUCGUCUUCCCCGCCCUUGUCUCGCCCCCCCCGCCCUUGUCUCGAACUCCCCGCCCGUGUCUCGUCCCCCCCCCCGCCUCUGCACACCUGUUCCUCUGCACACACACCUGUUCCUCUGCACACACACCUGUUCCUCUGCACACACACCUGUUCCUCUGCACACACACCUGUUCCUCUGCACACACACCUGUUCCUCAUGUCGAGCCGCAUUGCCUUGAGCAGCGCGGAAUCCUUUGUCGUCCUCUAAUGUCGUCUCUUGUUGCGUCCUGUUUUGUGUGUUUUGUUUUUAUUUUUAUUUAGUAAAUCCUGUUUUCUUUUGCGCUGUCCUGCAUUUGGGUCUGUUUUAUCCCCGCGUCCCUGACAUGGACUUUUAUUUUAACGUGUUGUAAGUGUGCUGUGAGCGAUUCGGGAUGGUCGGCUGUUACACAUCAUCUUGCUGUUAUUGUGUUUUUUUACAAUAAAAGUUUAUAAAAGCA